AUGUCGGGCUACACGGACCUCGACGCGCCGCCGCGGCGCGGCGUGCACCGCGUCGUGGGCUUCGGCGCCGGCGCGGCCCUGCUCUUCCUCGGCUUCGCCGCCUCGCGCAACGAGUGGCACUUUCUGGAGGAGGAGCUCAAGGAGAAGCGCGGCAUGCACGCCGCGGCGGCGGAGCCGACGACGUCCGUCGUCACGCUAAACUCCACGGACUUCACGGCCAUCGACGCCGUCUGCGAGCACGUGGCCAAGAUGGAGGGCGUCGGCGACUGCCGCGAUCUGGACGACGACACGCUCUGGCGGUACGUGCCGCGGAAGAUGGAGCUAGAGGUCGACCGUGAGCUAGUAGAGGGAUCCAUCGGUUCCGUGGCGCUCGGGGGCUACGUGGCCUUCAACAUGGUCUGGCAGGAUACGACGGGCGACUUCGCCUCCUCGUGGUUCGUCGUCGUGUCCUACGCCGGAGAGAUAAAGACGAUGGUCCCGCUCCACCAGGGCGGCGACGUCUGGCGCGCCGCGGGCCUCAAGCCCUGGUCCGAGUCCGAGUUUGUCUUCGCCGCGGGCAAGAACACGCUCCUCAAGGGCUACGCGUUCAAGGUGGACUGGCGGACGGGCGCGUACGAGCGCCUGACGGACGUCGAGAUCAACACGCACGACGUCCAGAAGGGCUACCAGGGCAACGCGUUCUGGAGCGCCCUGCCGUCGGAGGAGUUCCAGGAGACGUGCGUCGACCUCGGCACGGCCUGCCCCAAGUCGUCGGCCAUGCGCAUCUCGGGCGUGCCCCGCGCGGACGUGCAGGAUCUGAACCACAUCCAGGCGCUGGAGGACGACGCGUAUCUCCUGAUCUCGUCGCGCAUGACGAACACGCUGUACUACGUCCACGCGGGCAACGGGUCGAAGAUCUGGGCUUUGGGCGGCGACGACGGCGACUUCGGGGUCGGAUACACGGGCGACUACUACGCGCCGGGCGAGAGCUACUGGGUCGGCCAGCACAACGCGGAGUUCAUCGGCAAGAGCCAGUACGCGCUCAUGAACAACAACUUCGACACGAAGAAGAAUUCCAAGCUGCUGAUCGUCGAGUUCGCGCCCGACUCCGACGACGCGAACGCGACGGUCGUCUGGGAGUACGACACGGGCGCGUACUCGCAGAACUUCGGCGACAACGACCGCCUGCCCACGGGCAACAUGCUCGCCUGCUGGUGGCCCAGCGAGACGAUCAACGGCUCCGACGCCUACGAGGCGCGCGUCGCCGAGAUCGCGCGCGACUCCAUGGAGACGGCCUUCCGGCUGGACAUCUACGGCAAGAAGACGUGCGCCGACGGCGAGACGUGCGCGCGCGGCACGGGCUGGCUCAUGUACAGCGUCGAGCGCUUCUACGAGGGGCCCCUCGUCUACGACGUCACCUGCGACGGCCACGACGUCACCUUUGGCGUCGCGAACGCGUUCAAGCAGGCGAGCCAGUACGAGGGCUUCUUCAACAUCACCGACGACAAGGACGCGGAGCUGGCGACGGGUCGGUUCAGCUUCGCGCCCCACUGGCGGGCGACGGCGGUCCACGCGAAGCUCGCCGCGACGUCGAAGACGGGCACGAUCUACGUCGAGAACCAGUUCGGGUCCAACGCGACCGCGACCUACGACUGCCGCCAGGACAAGCCCUAG